CCUCUUCCUCGUCAGGUGGAGGCUCCAGGGUGCAGCCUUGCGAGCCAAGGGUUCUGUGCAGGGGCAGACGGUUCCUGGUGCUCUGCCAACACCAGCUAACAGCAGCUGGCAGGCCUGGGCACUACAUGGCAGGGCACCCCGGGCAAGGGGAUGGUGGAGACUGAAGAAAUCUGUCUGGGACCUGAUUGAUCCCCAGCCGGGAGGGCCCAGGGCCCAGCUCAGAGGCGGGCUCAAUAAACACUGUCAGAAUGGAUGAGUGAAUUGACAAUGGUUGGGACUUUUGCUCACCCACGGCUUUCCUUUCUUCUGAGUGACAAAUGCCAGGGAGAGCUGUGAUCCUGGUGGGGGUUGGCCUGUGGGUAGGUCCCAGGAACCCCCAUCCCAUGCACGCUUGUGGGCAGGGCCUGCAAGCGGGAGGGGGCGCCUGGAGAGGUCAACCAAGCCAGAUACCUUGCCUUCACCCCCAUAUGAGGCCCUGGUAGGAGGCCCAGCGCGAUGACCCUCUUCCGAGUCCCUCCGUCCUCAGGGCCGCCUUCCCGCGGAGUGGGCGCAGGGACCGUGUGCAGGAUAGGCCGGCAGGGGGCGCGCUCGCUCCGUGAUGUGUGUGCGCGGGUCGGGGCUGGGGGCGCCGGGGGCUGGGGGGAGCAGCGCUGCAGUUCCCCGAGGCGCCGCUGGGGGCGCGGCAGCAGCUCCGACACACGGGAGGGUCCCUGGCCCCCCGCGCCCACUGCUGCAUCCAGUGGUCAGCGUCGCCCUUCCCUGUCCCCCUGGGUCACGCCCGGUAGUGCCGGGGGGCCGGUGAUGGUUGGGCCCCAUUCGGAGGACUUCAAGAAAGUGACUGGUGCAGGGAGACUUGUCGAGGCCCGGGGUGCCCCUUCCCCAGUCAGCUGGAGCGGGACAGAGCUGGGGGUGGGGGGAAGGAACAAGUUGUGGACGACGGUGGGGGGACACGGGUGGAGGCAGGAGCUCCCAGCCCCGGCCAAGCCUCAGCCCCUUCUCCAGGGCGACUGGGUGGGACCCACCUGCACUGAUGCCCCCACCCACCUCUCCGUGGCCCUUCCACAUCCUCAGGUUGCACCUGCACCACCCUGGCCCACUCAGGGGCACCAGGUCCUGGGGUUCCACCUCCCACGCAUCUUUGUCCACUUGUCUCCCCCACAAUAGUGACAGCUCCUAGCUGGCCUCCUCAACCGGUGAGAUCUUUGCACAAUAAUGAUCAGACCAGGUAGCUUCCCUUAGUGGUUCCCACAGGCCCUGCUUGCUCUGGUCCCGCAGACCCCACCUCUCCAGCUUGAUUUCCCACUCCAUAAAUGAUAGCGGUGCUGUUUAUCAUAGCUAGGUUGCUUUCAUUACCCACACACCUGCACCCAAACCCCUGCACCUCAGCCUCCAGGCCAGCCAGACUCCAUUCUAGAAACAUGUGCCUGUGUUCCUGCCUCCUAGAAUUUCCUGUUCCUUCUUCUUCCUCAUCCCCUCCCCAUAGGCCAGAAUCCUUCGAGAAGCCUUUCCUGGUGGCUCUCUCCUUCCUCCGCACUGCAGGGGCCCUGGGCUGGUCUGCGAGAUGCUGCGCAGACUGGGCUUCUUGCUCUCCCUUUGCCGGUCUCCCUCCCCUCCCCCCAGGUCAAAGAGCUCCUCAAAGCCAGUGACCACAGGGCAUUCAUCCAUUCCUGUCCCCAAAUGCCGAGCUCCGUGGGAGGUGGCACGUGGUAGCAUGAGAUGAAUGUAGUCAAACUGCACCGCUUCUGCCUGCUCCCUCUGCAGGGCCGCACAGUCUCAGGAUGCAUGGGCUGCACAUCUGCAUGAAUGUGUCUGGGGGAUGCAGGGACCCCAGGACCACCUAUCCCUCUACCCUGGACCUGAGCACUAGGGCUCUGCUUAAGGGAGCUCAGGGGCAAGAAGCACAGGGAAGACUCUUCGUGGGGCUCUGGUGGCAGACGGGAGGGGAGGCUGCUGGGGAGGGGGCGGAGGGUUACCUGCCGAUAAGCUCCCUCCACCCCCACCCCUCACCACCCCCAGUGCUUGUCUCCAGGCUAGAUUUGUUCCUCGUAAAAAGUAAAAACCGCAGAGACUAUCCAAGGUUCAGGCCCUGGCUUCAUGUCUUAUCAUGUUUCAUCUCCAACCAGGGCAUUUACGAGCUGCCAUUGGCUUCAAAGGGCUUGGCAGCUGUGUUGCCGGAGAAGGAGCAGAGAGGAGAUUGGGUGUGGGGUCUGCCCCCCGCGGAGCCAUCUACCUCUGGCCCUGGGCGCCCCUUCCACCUCUGACUCUGUGGCUUUUUGGUGUCUUGGUCUCGGGAGGGUGGUUUUGGGUUGGGCCCCAUCUCUGAGCCCAGGAGCCCCUGGGGUGUGUGUGAAGGUGGGUGGAGGUCAGGGAAGCUAGAGUCAGAGGGAGGACAGCAAUGACCGGUAUAGGGGUCAAGGAUGGAGUCACUGUUCUUGGAGGAGGUGGUAGGGUCAAUUUUGAAGGUCCUGUUGUCGGCUUAGGGAAGGGCCUGCCAGGGGUUGCGGGGGGAGGUCGAGGCCCCGGCCCCAGGCUCUGGGUUCUGGGUCUUCUGAGUGCUUAGCCGGACAAGACUGGCCGCAUGCUGGUCUGUCUGUCUGUCUGGCCAGCUGUGGGGGUGGGAUGCUUCCCUUGGAAGUGAGGGUGAUGGAGUGUAGCCCUUCCUGGGGUCCUGUCUGCUGGCCAGCCGGACUUGCUGCCGGGAGUAGGUCACCGGUGUGUGGGAAGAAGCAAAUUUAGAGCUUCCCACACUGGGGGGUGGUGGCUGGGGAACGGCGGCAGGCUUCCAAGUGCCCCCUCCCACUGUGCACACAUGCCCGUGCACGUGUACACACAGGACAUGAACACACGGUCCUGGGCCCUCUGUGUAGCACGGGGUUCCUGAGCUUGCAUCAGGCCGCUUGCUCCUGACGGAAUGUGCUCCCAGGCACCUUCCAGUCUGUGGGGACCCUCGACAGGGCAUGAAUGGACAGAACUGGCCACAGAGCCCCAGUGGCCUGAUAUGGGGCCACUUGGAUGAUCCCUAGCCUUCCAUGAUGCUGAGGGGCUUCCAGAGGCCUGGCUUGGGGCUGUGAAACUGGAGGAAGUGGGGAUGGGGUGGGGGCGGAGAGAGUCUUGUUUCUGUGGGACCCUCCUCUCUUCCCCUUUUAGUCUCACCCGGAGUACAGGCUGUUACCUGCCCUCCCCUCUUCCAGAGCUGGGAUUGCCAGCCUAGAAGGAUUGCUACACUGUUAUAUACUGAGCUGGGCCAGGCUGGUGGACCAGAAGCAAUUUGCAGGGUCCAGAUACGCAUUCUGGGAACCUGUAUCCCUGCCAUCUUCUGGAGAAGCAGGGGCCAGUGAAGAAUGACCCUUUGUGCUGAUUCCUCCAGGAAGACCCCAGGGAAGGGCGUGAGGGUGGCGGGAAGUCAGCUGGGGGCUGUCCCUGCACGGCAGAGGGGUCUGGCUCCUCUUGGUGAACCAUGUGGCCCUAGGCGGGCUCCUGGCAGGUGUGUGACCGCUUGGGGUGGCUACUGAGCUGGGGAAGCCCUCGCUCCUCCCCACUCCUGGGGAGAUCCCUCCUGACACUGGGCAUCUUGUCUGCCCUGCAAACCAUUUUGUGCCACAGUGUCCUCAGGUCUAGUGGGUCACCCCAGCUGGCUGGCCACCCUGAGACCUGAGAAGCCUUUCCUCUCUGGCCUUGUCCACAAGGAGGACACAUUAUGAAGUGCUCAGGUCUCCCAGGUGGGAGCAGCUUCAGGGCACCCCUUCUUGUGCUGGAGUCACUGUCACAUGUCCACUGCCUCCUUAUCAUAAAGAGCUCUGGAGCCGGACACCCAGAGAGCUGGGGGCUAGCAUCACCUUUGUUUUAUAAAGUGGGAAAGUGAGGUUCAGAGAGACUGGACACCCGCCAAGGGCACCUGCUAGGAGGGAGCAGAGCUGGCUUUGAAUCAGCCUCCAGCACCAAGAAGUCCUUGCUAUCAGCCUUUUGCUCUGCUGCAUGCCCUCCCCCAGCGAUGGGGUCCUCUCCCCCUUAUUUUCUACCAGGAUGAACUGGGAACAGUGGGCUUGGGGGGUGGGUGGGGUAGGUGGGAAGACGUCUCUUAGCGACCCCUCCCCAGGAGGAAACCGCAUCCUCUGUGUGCUCUGGCAAAUCCGGCAUCUGAAGUGGAAAAAACCCCACACAAAUCAAGGACAGCUGGGCCUGCCCUCGGCCGCAGCCCCCUCCCCUCUGCUCCCCUUGCAGGCUCCAGAAUUCUAGCAGGCUGCGGGAGUGGGUGUGGGGGUAAGGGUGUGGCUCUAGGGGAGGGAGUUCCUGGAAGCCCCACAUGUGUGAAAUUUCCUCCAGUUGUCCCCCAUGGAGAGAAGGACUACAUCAUGUUAUUAAUCACUUUCCAGGUGGGGCAGCUGCUUGCACACUUUGUCCAGCUGCCUGUGGGGGCCCAGGCUGUGGGUGCCCACCCUGGGGGAGGAAUAGUCUUGGAAAGGGGUGGAGAGGGGCAUGGGGGAGGGGCCUACAUAUAGACUCUCUCUAUACACACACACACACACACACACACACAGAGUCAGUCACUCAGUCACUCAGCAAACACUCAUGGGCACUAACUGUGGUUAGGUGUGGAGCCACAGAAGGGAUGAAGACUGGCCCUGUCCCUGCCCUUGCAGAGCCCAUGGGUAUGUGGAGGUGGAGGAGACAGAAGGGGAUCAAAAUCACUCACAAAGAAAUAAUUACAGUCUGUGAAGGGGACACAGACAUAGCGGGGCAGCUGGGUCACGGAUUUGUGAGGCCAGGCUAAGCCUUCCUCCCAGCAUGGCCUUGCUCCCCAGGACUCCCUCCCUAGACUUGUCCUCCCUGUCCCCCACUGCUCUGGUCCUCCUAGUCAUCGCUCCCAGGGACAGUGUUUUCCUGGCCCAGCAGCCUGAGCAGCUCAGCCCACGUCCUCUCCCGAAUCCUUGCUCUUCCGGCAGCCGCCGCAUCAACCCUGCCUGGGCCGGGGGUCCACAUGAGGUGAGAGGGGAAAGGAGCUCAGGCCGUGCUGGACCCCCCAAACCGAGGGGCCCCUGGAGACAUCCAGUUGGGCAGAAGAGAUCUGCUGACACCUCUUUCUUCUUGACAGAGGAGGUGCAACCAGACAGGGCAGGAGGUGGGCGACCCUCUGGGGGGUGCAGGGACAGCCACCCACCCCAUGCCCCCAUGGCCUGGCUUAUUUUGGGGCCCCAAAGCCACUUUUCAUCAUGUAGCUCAGAGAGGGGGAUCCACUCUCCCUGGGUCACACAGCAGGGAGCGAGCGGGGACCUGGGGCUGGACCCUGAUGGCAAGGGAGGGCAGAGGCAGAGUGGACAUCUAGGUGAUGACUCAGACAUCCUGGGGAGGAAGGAAGGCGGCAACCCUGUGUGUGAGGAGCACAGAGGGGCAGAUUCUCAAAUCCCUAAAUGUAACCUUCAAAAAGACUCUGCAUAAAGGGCUAAAUGGAGGGUUACUGUCUGGCCCAGCAAUUCCACUCCUCAGUGUCCACCCAAGAGACAGGAAACAUACAUCCACAGGAGAACUUGUGUGUGAACAUUCGCAGCAGCCUUAUUCACAAUAACCAAAAGGUGGAAACAACCUAAGUGUCCAUCAACGGACGAAUGGACAAAGAGAAUGUGGUCUGUCCAUACGGCGGAAUAUUACUCAGCCAUAAAAAGGAAUGAAGCACUGACCUGUGCUACAAUGUGGAUGAGCCUUGAACACGUUAUGCUGAAUGAAAAAGCCAGUUUUAAAAGGCCACCUAUUGUAUGAUUCCACUGCGAUGAAAUGUGGAGAAGAGGCAAAUCCUCUCUGGAGAUAGCGGUGCCAGGGGCUGGGGGAGUGGGGAUGGGAGUGACUGCUGAUGGAUGCGGACUGAUUCUUGGGUUGAUGGAUGCAUUCUAGAGUGUAUUGUGGUGAUGGUUGCACAAGACGGUGAAUAUACUGAAAACCAUUGGAUUCUACACAUUAAAUGGCUGAAUUGUGUAGUAGGGGAAUGACAUCUCAAUGCAGCUGUUAGUUCAGAGUUGGGACUGAGGUCUCCACCUUACAAAGAAGGAACCGGAGGCUCUGGGGUGGGGGGAGCCUGAGGCCAUGUGUUAGAGGAAGGCGGGCCGGACCCUGCGGAUGGGUCUCUGGCUCUACCUAGGUUCUUCUCCCCGCCCCCACCCUCUGCCCUGUGCUUUCUGCUGCUGAGCUCCUCCCCACACAGACAGGGAUGCUGUCUUCCUACUCCUCACCUGCCCAUUACCUCCUCCAGAAAAGCUUCCUCGACCUCCUCCCUCCCCCCACCUCCGGUUCUACCUGCUGGCUGUUACUGAGCGCCAAUUAGGGUGCCAGGCUCUGUCAGGUGCUGGGGAUGCACUGGGGGUCAAAUGUUCCAAGGCUGCCAUCCUGGGUGUCCCCAGAUUUUCACCCACCCCUCACCUGACAGCCAGAUCGUGGGUGGAGGAAGGGCAUCAGCUGCCAAACUCUCUGAGCCGACUCUUGUCCCUGGGUGUCACUCCCCACCCCCAGUGUGUCCGGUGUUGUGCUGUUCUUGGUAGGUUCCUCAAGCAGGUGUGUGUGUGUGUGUGGGGGGGGGGGACUAAAGAAAAGGCCUUCUCAGCAGGGGAACAGCAUGAGCAAAGGCUACGAGGUGGAAAAGACUAUGCCUGAGCCGGGGCAGGGAGAUGGAGGGGCCACCAGGGUUUGAUGCUGGGAUUUGGAGCCCUGAGCGUGGCUGCUGAGACUGUGGGUGGGUGCUGCAGGUGGAAUGGGACCCUCCCCAGGAUAGCUCUAAGGAGAACUAGGCUGUCUGGAAGAAAUCUCAUUUUAAGCUAGACCAGAAGAAGAACUUCCUGUGACCCUGCAUGUGCCAGCAUGCACCCUAGACGGUACUCUGCCAACAACCUGCCCACAGGGCUCUCAGCUGAGUCCUGCCCUGACAAGCAAGUGCAGGUCUGGAGUCUGGGACCUGGGAUGGGGCCUCAGUCAGUGGUCUUCACCCCACUGGCUCUGCAGAGGCCCCUCCCACCAGGAGGGUGGUGGAGGUGCCUCUGGGUGGGAACCCUGAAAAUGUCUGUUGAUCAUGGAACCCCUGCCCCUCAGAGGCACCCCAGGCUUCUAGGACUUGUCCAGAUGCCGUUAGGCCCAGGAACAGCUCAUCACCCAGCAGAACCCAGGGCAGUGGCCUCUGGACACCGGCUGGAGAGAGGCUAGCCUCUUCAGGGAGCAGGUGCCCACCUGGCACCAGCUGCACGGCCAGGAAGGCUGAGGCAGAGGUGGAGAGAGGACACGGUCCGCUUCGGUCUCCACCUGGGACUGUUAUUCACCCUCUUGGAGCCUGGCUCUCCUCUCUGCCUUCCUUGUGCUGUGCUGGGGCUUAGGGAACUUUGGGGUGCAUAAAGCUCCCACAGAGUGUCCAGGGCCCAGCAGGUCCCAUAAGUGUGAAUGGCCACUGCAUCUCACUGGCCCUCAGAGAGAGCUCCUAGGACAGGACCUGGGCUCCUUCUAGUUCCCCCAGCACAGGCCUCCUGAACCCUUCACCUCUCCCAUAGGAGCCACUUUGCCAGCGUCGGAGAUGGGUCGCUGACAUCCCAGGGAACACCAGGCAGACUAGGCUGCACAGACAGACGGUGUGACACGGUAGGAAGGGUCAGGAGACUGAGGUCUGAAUUUCACUGGGCCCUUGGGAAAGACGCCUGUCCUCUCUGAGCCGGUCUCCCCGACUCUAAAAUGGUAAUCACACCUAGCGAGCGCUCUGCAGCCGCCAGGGCUGUGACCCUGACGAAUGGCAAGACAACUGUCAGCAAGGCGCUCCCUGUCCCCGCCGCAAACGUCCCUCUACGUCCCCGGGAACCCCGCUGCGCACUAGGGCCCGGGUCUGCGCACGUCCUUGGUCCACGCGCUCCGCCCGCGCACCUGCCCUCGCCCUCGUCCGGGAGGGGCGGAGAUCGGCCUUCUAAGAGCGGCUCCUGGGGGCCGGCUGCGCAGCCCUGUCACUGUCCUGCGUCCCCACCCGCUGCCGCCGCUCCCCGACGCGCAAAGGCGGAGACACCGGAGCCGAGAGGUCUGGAGCCCGGAGUCUCCGAGCGGGCGCGUCGGGGUAGUUUCUACAGCUGGGAGUCGCGCCACGGCGUCCGUGGGUGCCUGUGUGUCGCAGGCGGGGCUGCGGUCCAGGCGGAGCCUGGCCUCUGGGCGGGACGGGACAUCCCGGCCCCGCCCCCCGUCCCGCCCCGCGUCCGCUCCGGGGCAGCGAGCCCGCGCGGCGCGGAGUAGAAGCCGGGCGCAGGCGGGCUGAGCGCGACGCGGGCGGGGAUGUGCGCCCUCCUGCAGCCCCCGCUCCCGGGCCUGGGCGGGGUGCGACCCGAUGGCAGGUAGCAGCGGCCUGGGCGGCGGGGCCAGGGGCGGCCAAGGCCCAGGAACCGGGCCGGGGGCUGCGCUGCGGGCGCCCCGUGCGCCGCUGCUUCUCGCCGCGCUGCUGCUCGGCGCCUACUCCCUCUGCGCCCUCCCCGGCCGCUGCCCGCCGGCCGCCCGCGCCCCUGCGCCGGCUCCCGCGCCCGCUGAGCCGCCCCGCGCCGCCCGCAGCCCAGGGGCGCCGGGCUUGCCGGUGGCCAGAGGCCCGGGCCGCCGGCGCUUCCCGCAGGCGCUCAUAGUCGGCGUGAAGAAGGGCGGCACGCGCGCUCUGCUGGAGUUCCUGCGGCUGCACCCCGACGUCCGCGCGCUCGGCUCCGAGCCCCACUUCUUCGACAGCAACCUGAUGCCGCGCACCCUGGAUGGGCAAAUCACCAUGGAGAAGACCCCCAGCUACUUCGUGACUCGGGAGGCCCCUGGGCGCAUCCACGGCAUGUCCCCGGACACGAAGCUGAUCGUGGUGGUGCGGAACCCCGUGACCCGGGCCAUCUCCGACUACGCGCAGACGCUCUCCAAGACCCCGGGCCUGCCCAGCUUCCACGCCCUGGCCUUCCGCCACGGCCUGGGCGCGGUGGACACGGCCUGGAGCGCCGUGCGCAUCGGCCUCUACGCGCAGCACCUGGAGCACUGGCUGCGCUACUUCCCGCUGUCCCGCUUCCUCUUCGUGAGCGGCGAGCGUCUGGUCAGCCAGCCGGCCGCCGAGCUGGGCCGCGUGCAGGACUUCCUGGGCCUCCGGCGGGUCGUCACCGACAAGCACUUCUACUUCAACGCCACCAAGGGCUUCCCCUGCCUCCGGAAGGCGCAGGGCAGCCGCCGCCCCCGCUGCCUGGGCGGGUCCAAGGGCCGGCCCCACCCGCGCGUGCCCGAGGCCGUGGUGCGGCGCCUGCGGGACUUCUACCGGCCCUUCAACCGCAAGUUCUACCAGAUGACCGGCCAGGACUUCGGCUGGGACUGACGGGGCCACGUCCUGCCUGGGGACGCUCGGUGACCUGAAUUGAUGCCCGUGGCCCGGCCAGAGCAGGCUGCGACACAUGCUGGGGAGAGAGAAAUAUUUAAGAGAUAAAGUCUGGAUUUGUGUUCUACAGGACCUUGAGGACCGCAGAGUGAGGGCUGGAGGUGCCGCCGCCCAAGGAAGUGAUAAUCAUACCAGCUGACUCUGCCGGGCACAGUUCACCCGAGAGGAGUGGGCCAAACCCAGUCCUCACACAUCCCUUGAGGUGUGCAGUGAGCUUGGCCAUAUGUCACAGAUGAGCAACUGAGGCGCAGAGAGGUUUAGGGCCUGCCCAGUGACACACAGCUUAGCCCUGGUGACUCUGGAGGCCAUCCUUGGGCUCUCUUCUCAGCCCCGGAAUGCUGAGCUGGGCUGAUCCCAUGUUCUGGAUGAGGAAACUGAGGCCCCAGGUUGCCCACUUGCCUGGUAGGGCAAGAUUAAAGCUGGGUCUAUUCAACUCUUCCCGCUGCACCCAUGACCUUAACCAAUUCUGCAUCCUAGCUCCUUGAGGAUGCUCCCUCCUAGAAACCUGGCGGAAUUGUGGGACAGGGAGCGUGACUGGUGUGUGCAGGAGGUGGUGCUUCUAACGGCCUCCAAGCAGCUCCCAGCACAGCCCUGCACCACCCACCCAGGCACCGCCCACCACAGGCCUCCCGCAGCAGGUAACACCCCCACCAAGGCCCCACCUGCCAGGCCCCACCCACCUCACAGGGCUGUUCGCUCAACGCCCCACCCCAACCCCGCCCCAUGGCCCCAGGCCUUCCAUGCCCCAGUUCUGCUGUGUUUGUUCAGCUCCCUCCCCCUGGGAUGGGCAGGAAUGAAUGCCCGUCUGCAGCUCAGCUGCGCGCUCAGCUUCAGCUCCCAACUCAGGCCGGACUACUCUCCCCCAGGAAAUGUGGGGCCCUCUCAGUAAUAACUGUGACCUGCUCCUGGCCACAGUGCUGUCUGCCAGGUGGCCACCAGCUGCCCCGGACAAUGACUUCCAGGGCCCCUUAGGCCCAGGCCUGGCGUGCCUCGGCUGCCAUGGGCCCUCAAAGGACCUGGCUGUGGCCUCUGUGCCCUAGGCCUUGGGUCCAUCUCGGAUCCUUGGCGCUGAUGUGGCCUUUCCACCCCUGGGCUGCUUGGAGCUGCUCCCUGUCCUGAGCCCCUGGGAGGAUUUUCAGGGGAGUGGCCGCUUGUCAGUCACCGCCCCCUUCUCUGGCUGACUGUGAGCCAGUGGCCCCACCAGUCACUGUGGCCACUGUCUUUGUCACGUGACCCCACCUGUAGUGUGGAUGUGGGGUCAGCCGAUGUCAGUGUGAGAGGAGGCUCAACAGGAGGUGAGGAGGGAGAUAGGGGCGUCUGUCUCCAGUAGCCCGGUCACCUGCCUCUUGUUCCUGCUGGGUCUGGGCCCAGAGGACACUCCGAUCCGGAGCUGCCCUGCGGGGCCAGCACAGUCUCAAGGCUCUGCCAUUCGGGCCAGGCCAGGGGCAGGUCCCGAGUGACCUGGGUGGCAAUGUGGGGGCAGAUGUGGGCAGAUAUGGGUGAGAUGUACCCACAGCCUCCUCCAGCUGGCCCAGUUUGCAAUGACGAGGGUGAUGAGGGGGCACACUCCUCUUUGGGAUCCCUGCUGGGGGGCAAGCCCUGGACUUGGCAGCCCCGUCCCCAUUCUCCAUGCAGGGGCCUCACUCAGGGAUGGCAGGGCAGCCCCUGACCCCUGGCCUGGUUCCCAGCCAGGCCAUGCAUGCUUCUUCUUCUCCCUGGACACACCCUUGUCCACACGUCCACCGUCUCUGCCUGGAUGGCUUCAGGCCACCUCUCUUGUCCUCCUGCGGUGAGCUCUCCACAUGCACACAGCACGGUAGCAGAGCAGUAUCUUCAGGGUAAACCAGAUCCCGUUAUUUUAAAACACUCCAAUCUUCUCCCCCCCAUCCCAUUGCUUCUAGAAUGAAGACCAGAUUCCUGACCAGCUGUUAAGGCCCUCUGAGGCGUGCCCCUGUCCCCCAGCCUAGAUGCUCCUCUCACCCUUAGCCUCUGUUCCAUCUACCGUGAUUUUCCCGACCUCAUAGCCUUUGCACAUGCUGUUCCCUCUGCUUGGAAUGCCUUUCCCUGAGGAAGGUACAGACUGAGAGGGAGGCAGACUUAGGACGGGGCAGCUGUGCUCUCACUCCAGGCUCAUUUCCUCCCUGCACUUAGAGUCCCUUUCCCGAGCCCGCCAACGUGACCCACUUUUCCCUUCCUGAAGAUUCUUGGAUGCACAGCUGGGAGCCACUAGUUUGUCUGACUUUGGGGCCCAGGCCCAGCUCGGAAGGCAGACUCUGGAAGCUGCGAGGAGAAAGGGUGAACUGGCUUGUUCUACUUACCCUCCUCCCAGUGGAAACGGGGCCUGACUGCCAGCGCCCAGUGCCAGGUGCCCAGCUGGGCCUCAGAACACACUGAGGGCAGAUGUGGUGGGUCCUCCCAGCUGUUGUGGGGGUGGGGCUCCGUGGGAGAGUCAUCGGCCUUUAAUUAAAAAGUCCCUAAAUUGCUUCCCCA